AAGCGAAUUCGACACAUUUAAAACAUGUUUAAUGAAAGCUGCUAUGAAAAAUAAUACAAAGUUAUAAGGAGUAGAAUUAUCUUAAUUUGUAGCUUUAAACUACUUAAUUAAUACUUAUCCUUUGUGAGGUGUUCAAUUUCUACUUUAAGCAUGGAUACAUUGUCAUUCAAGAAACAUUGUUUAGUAGCCUUUUUGGUUAGAACAACUCUAAUGGUUUAUUCCAACUUUCAUGAUGAGACUUUUAAUGUUCCAUACACUGAUGUUGACUAUAAAGUGUUUACCGAUGCAGCAAGACACAUGGUAGAAGGAAGAUCUCCAUUUGAACGCGAUACUUAUCGCUACACACCAUUACUCGCAUUGCUCCUGACACCAAAUAUUUUCAUACACAAGGAUUUUGGUAAAACAUUAUUCUCUUUUAUUGAUAUAUUGAUAGCAGUUCUGAUAAAAAGAAUUCUGUCAUUGCAAAAUUGUGACGAGAGAAAAAAACACAUUUGUGCUUUGAUAUGGUUAUAUAAUCCUUUCACAAUUAUUAUUUCAACCAGGGGAAAUGCAGAUUCUGUAGCUGUUCUUUUAGUUAUGUUGACAUUAGAUUUAUUUCUACGAGAUAAAUAUAUGUUAACUGGCUUAUUGCAUGCCAUGUCAGUUCAUUUUAGACUAUACCCUAUUGCAUUUAGUCUACCAAUGUAUUUAUCUCUUAGUAAAAAAAAUCUAAUGCCAAACAGAAAUCAGUGGAAACUGGUAUUAAGUUGUGUAUUUUUCGUGGUUCUUUUGACUAUCAUAAAUUAUUAUUUCUUUGGGUAUAAGUACCUUUAUGAAAGUUUUAUUUACCACUUGAUCAGGAAAGAUACGAAACACAAUUUUUCUGUUUAUUUUUACAUGCUGUAUUUAUCUGCAAACCAACCACCUGGUAUCAUUGAAAAAGCUUGUACAUUUUUACCACAAUUGGUAUUGCUACUGACACUGUCAUAUGCAUAUUCAAGAAAGUCUGAUUUGCCAUUUGCAAUGUUUACACAAGCCAUGGUAAUGGUAACAUACAAUCCAGUAGUAACAUCCCAAUACUUUUUCUGGUUCUUAUCUCUUGUACCAUUGUGUAUUCCAAGAUUUGGAGUAAGUAUUAAGAGAUCGACGAGUUUAUGUUUGGCUUGGUUUCUGAGUCAAGGUCUUUGGUUGUUAGCCGCUUAUUUGUUAGAAUUUCAGGGACUAAAUACUUUUACGUAUAUUUGGCUUUCUGGUUUAUUAUUUUUUUUUGUAAAUGUUAAAAUCUUAAAUGACCUUAUUGCGUAUUAUAAGUACUAGAGGAAUACUGCGUAGAGUUUAAUAUUUUUAUUAACUCUCCACCAGCGGACAUCGGGUUGCUCGUGAUCCAAAAUUGACCAUGGGUUAAUAGUUUAUUUUUAAAAUAAGUUUAUCAUCGUCAGCGUUUGUAUGUACAAUCACUAUUAUUCCUUAGAUGAAGUAUACGUAAUGAAUUGAUUGUAACCAAGUUUUGCGAUAGAUAAUUAAAUAAACUUUAGUGAAAACAACGUGAACACCUAUUCGUAAUGCACAUUAAACUGCUUUAAUUAGAGAACUGAACAGAUCUCUGAUCCUUUCGUAACUUUUCCGAGCCGUACACCCUACGACGUUCAUCGGGAUAAAGAACAGCGUCAGGGAUAAUAAAUCGACAGAGUUCAAUGAUUCUUAAUUUUAUUCUUGCAGGAAUACAAAAUACUUAUUUACAGAUGGUUUCGUAAAGUAAUAGUGGUAGAUUCUUAAAAGGAAUGUAGAUAUAGUAAUAAUAAUACAAUAAUAGUAAAUCUUAAUGUAGUAAUCUAGAUCAAUUGUGAGCAAGAGCAUCCUUUGGAUCAUCUUCAGAAAUAUUUCUCGUCGUUUACUUCUAAGCUGCUAAUGUUGAUAUUAAUUAUUAUUGGAACAGUCCUCGUCAAAAGUAUACGAGAAUGCUUCUCACAAUUUCUGACGACACCACUCGAACGUAUAGUAACUUGGUGUAACGAGUAUAAAAAAAUACGGUAUAUCAAUAUCUUUCGUCGUGAGACUCGAAUGUCGAAUCGCGACCCAAAGAAAUGUUGGUUGGUUCGUCUAUGAAACAUCCGGCAUGAUCUAUGUGUGAUCGCGUCGAGAACACCCCGAAAAACAAAGAAAACGGAAAAGAAAUCAACGACGUGACACGAAAUGGCCCAAUCGAUAGAUGAGUGAAACAAGGGUUGGGCUGGGAGGAAGUGGAGUGGGGUGGUUCAGAAGA